AAUAAUUAUUAUUAAUUGAUAAUUUGAUUUAUCUUUGAUACAUCUUUGAAACAGCUGAGAGCUCUCUCAGUAGUAAUCCAUGGCGUUUCUGCUUUUGCUAGUGCUGUUGAUGUUGGUGUAUUCAAGUACUGCCCAACAGAGCUACGUCAACAACAAGCAGCUCGCCUGCAACACCAACGACUCCACCACUCUCGGCUUCGUCUGCAACGGCGCCUCCUCCACCUGCACCUCUUACCUCACUUUCCGAUCUACCCCCACCUACAACACCCCCAUCUCCAUCGCAUAUCUCCUCUCCGCCGACGCUUCUCAGAUCGCCGCCGCCAACAACAUCUCCGACGUCGAAUUCCUCCCCGCCGACACCCUCGUCAUCGUCCCCGUCAAAUGUUCCUGCUCUCAGAAUUACUACCAGCACAACGCCUCCUACAUCCUCAAAAACCAGGAGGGCACGGCGGAGACUGAAACCUACUUCACCGUCUCCAACGUCACCUACCAAUCCCUCACCACCUGCCAAUCCAUGGAAUCCCAAAACCCUUACGAUUACCGCCACCUCUACCCGGGCUUCAGGCUCACCGUUCCCCUCCGCUGCGCCUGCCCCACCCUCAAUCAGACCUCCUCCGGCUUCAAUUACCUUCUCACCUACCUCAUCCGUCAAGGCGACAACUACAAUUCUAUCGCCGCCGCUUUCUCCGCCUCCGGAGCCGACGUCCAAGGCAUCCUCGAUGCCAAUCGCCUCUCCGUCAAUGAUCUCAUCUUCUUCUUCACUCCAAUUCUCGUUCCCCUCAAAAUUCAGCCCACUAAAGCAUUCAACAACACACUCCCCGCUCCGCCGCCGCCGCCGCCUUCCAAUUUUCCCCCUAACCACAACGGCGGUUCCAACUCCCGCAAGUGGAUCUUCAUCGGUGUUGGAAUCGGAGCUGCCGUAUUGUUCCUGCUCUCCUCAGUCUUACUGUAUCUCCUCUGCUACCGCCGCCGCCGCCAAAGCAACAAGUCACCACCGCCGCCUCCGAAGCUCCGAGCAGAUAAAUCUGGAGAUCCGACGUCAGCCGGACCACCAUUUUCCGACUGGUCCGUUUCAUCCCAAAGCAUCCGGAGCGCCAUCGAAACCCUAACAGUAUACAAGUUCGAAGAUUUGGAUAAGGCAACAUCAUCAUUCUCAGAAUCGAACAGAAUCAACGGAUCAUCCUCGGUAUACCUGGGCUCAUUCAAGGGCGACAAUGCUGUAAUCAAGAUAAUGAAAGGAGGCGAUGUUUCUCGUGAAAUCAACGCCCUGAGGCAGAUAAACCAUUCCCACAUAAUCCGUCUAUCCGGUUUCUGCCUCCACCAUGACAUCACCUACCUCAUCUACGAGUACGCAGAGAAAGGUUCCCUCACCGAAUGGCUACGCCCCAAUUCCAGUUUACUACAGAAGAAAUUAGAUUCUAACGACAAACACAUGAAUAUCAUUUCAAUAACCGAGAGGCGCCUCGACUGGAAGCAGAGACUUCAGAUUGCGUACGACGUGGCGGAUGCAUUAAACUACCUCCACAACUUCACAAAUCCGCCUUACAUCCACAAGAACUUGAAGAGCAGUAACAUUCUUCUAGAUGGAAACUUAAGAGCGAAGAUUGCCGAUUUCGCCCUCUCGAGAACUUUGGAAGCCGAUGAUCAAAACGUGAUGACUAGGCACGUUGUGGGAACCUACGGUUAUAUGGCCCCCGAGUAUAUAGAGAGUGGACUAAUCACUCCAAAACUCGACGUGUUUGCAUUGGGGGUGGUGAUGCUGGAGCUCUUAUCGGGGCGGGAGCCAAUUGUGGAUGAUGAUGAUGUUGGCAAGGACAAGAAUAAAGAAGGUAGUCAUCAGAUGUUGUUAUUGUCUGAAAGAAUAGAAAGGGUGUUGAGUGGGGAGAGUGUGAGAGAGAAGUUGAAGGAGUUUGUAGAUCCGUGGCUAGGGGACGAGUAUCCGCUAGAAGUGGCGUACUCGUUGGGGGAGCUAGCUAGGAGGUGCGUGGCCCACAAUAUAGAUGCUCGUCCCAAUGUGAGUGAUGUGUUUGUGGCACUGUCUAAGCUCUUAUCUUCCUCGCUGGAUUGGGAUCCUUCUCACGACACAUCCCUCAGCUUCAGCGACCGAGAAUCCUAGUAAGUAAUUAUCGUGUAUAAAUAAAAUGUAGGUAAUAAUAUUAAAUGGUUAAGUUUUUUAUAUGAUCUUCUUCUUGUCUACAAGAACAAGAAAAUAAUAAAGAUGGUGUAAGAAAUGAAAUGAUAUUCUAUCUAUCCACAAUAAAUUUAUUCA